AUCAAUAACAUAAAAUUACAAAGCAAGGAGUUUGAUCGUUGAAUAGGUUCAAUUAGCGUUUUUUCAUGUGUGGUUUAUAUUUUAUCUGCGAAUUCAGUGGAUAUCUAACGUAUAGUCUCUGUAAUCUGUGCUUUAUAUACUUUGCGAAUUUCAUUUUGAAAAGUCAUAUUUUUUGACAGAAAACAUCUAGUUACAAGGCAUAAUUGUAUUUAGUAUUUUCGUAUUCUUCUGUUUUUAAUUUGAAAAUAAAAAUUAAUAAUUAUAAAUAACUGUAAUAAUGGCUUCUGUAUUAGUUCCCGAAGUACCAGCGCCUGGGUUUUCUUUUGAAAACUGUCAACGAAAUGCGUUUCUGGCGCAAAAAGGAUUUCCUGCACCUAAAGCUACAAAGACAGGGACCACCAUCGUGGGCAUCAUUUAUGCAGAUGGUGUGAUACUUGGUGCCGACACGAGGGCCACUGAAAAUACAGUAGUGUCUGAUAAGAAUUGUCAGAAAAUUCAUUAUUUGGCGGGCAAUAUGUAUUGUUGUGGGGCGGGUACUGCUGCAGAUACAGAAAUGACUACACAAACAGUGGCCUCACAGCUAGAGCUACAACGUUUGCACACGGGCCGCACAGUGCCUGUUGAAACUGCUGCUACCCUUCUGAAGCGCAUGUUGUUCCGUUAUCAAGGAUACAUUGGUGCUGCUUUAGUUUUAGGUGGUGUGGAUCGUACUGGGCCUCAUAUCUAUUGUAUUUAUCCUCAUGGGUCUGUUGAUAAACUACCUUAUGCUACCAUGGGUUCGGGAUCUCUUGCAGCCAUGGCUGUAUUUGAAGCAGGUUGGAAACCUAAUAUGACUGAGGAAGAGGGUAAAAAGUUGGUGCGAGAUGCCAUUGCUGCUGGUAUUUUUAAUGAUUUGGGCUCAGGAUCCAAUGUUGAUAUUUGUGUCAUUCGCAAUACUGGCCCUGCUCAAUAUCUAAGAACAUAUGAAGAAGCUAAUGUAAAGGGUAAAAAACAAGGGUCUUAUAGAUAUCCUGCAGGUACAACGGCUGUUCUCAAGCAGCGUGUGAUACCACUGGAGGUGGAAUCUGUGGCAGUACAUCCGGUGCAGGCUAUGGAAGUGGAACCCUCACCCAGCCGACGUUAAUCAAUUAUAUCAUUGUAUUUUUAAUAAAUGUUUAUGAAAAAUAAA